AUGUUUCCUUGCCGUGUGUUGUGCCUGUUGGCUAUUCUUUUCUGCUGUGUGAGUGCGAGUGGAGCCACAGAUGCUGGUGGUGUUGAUAAUAAAAUCAGAAUAGAUCCUAAAAACAUUUCUGAUUUGGCAGAACUAGCCGUUGAAUCGGUCAAAGCGGCAAAUGCGACGAGGAAUAAGAUUUUGCAAUUGAAGGAUGAAUGUAUUGCUGCUGCAAAAAAUGCCACUGACUUAACCAGAGAAGCCAAAGAGUUCGUCGCGAAAAUUAAUGAGUUGGUCAAAGAAGCGGAGACUAAUCCAUCUGAUGGGGAGGCUGAGAUGGUGAAAGGUGUUGAACUUCUCGAGAAAGUAAAGAAGGCCGCUGCCGUUGCAGAAAAUGCUGCAAGGUUAACUAAAGAAGCAACAAAACUUCCGAUAUUUCAAUACGGAGUGACGGCUCGGGAACUAUUAGUUGAUUUUAGGUACUCAUAUGAUAAGAUGAACGAAUCCACGACAGAACAAGUUGAUGACACUGAGAAACCAAAACUCAAGGAGCUUCACGGAAAGGUAGAAACUGCAUUCCCUUACAGAAACGAAACGGCUCUGGCAGAAAUCUCGUUAGGUGCCCUCGUCGCCGUAGAAGAUGCUCAAGAGGCGGCAAAGAAAACUGAACCUACAGUUGAGCCUGCGAAAGAAGCUGUUACCCUUUUAAAGGAGGCCUUAAAGAAACUCGAGGAGGUGAUUACUGCUGCGAAGGAAAUAAAGGAAAAAAUAACACCAGAGGAAAAGAAAGGAUCACCGAAUAACACAGAGGAUAACAGUGACCUCAGCGACUCUACUUAUACCCACCAACCAUCUCCUGUAACUGUAUCCAACACAGAGAUCAGCAACAUCGCCCCCACAGCACAGACGAAUAAGGCUAAUGCUGACAGCAGCAGUAUCAGUCCUGUGUGGAUGCGCACUGCAGCACCGCUACUGAUUGUUGCUGUGUUGUUCUCCGUUACCCUGUACUGA